AUGUCUUACCAGGGGUCAGAAUCUUCCGUUCCUACUCCCCCCGCUUCAAUUGGAAGCGCUUCUGCUUCAAUUCAAGUUGGAGAUACAUCAACAAGUACACCAGUUACUUCACAAAGUCCAAGUGAGGUAAAUGCAAAUCCUAUUCAUAUAGAUUUAGGUGAUGAUGAGGAGAUGACUGAGGAAAAUAGAAAAAGAAAAUUGACCUCUUCAGUGUGGCAGCAUUUUAAGCUACAGAGAAUUAAUAAUGUGUCCAAAGCAAUUUGCAGACAAUGCAACAAACAGUUAGGGGGUGAGUCGAAAAAUGGGACAAGUCAUUUACAUGCUCAUUUAAAUAGAUGUCCUCUUCGAGGUCAGAAGGAUGUCAAACAGAUGUUUUUGAAUCAAUUUAAAGAACCUAGUGGUAGGAUUGCAAUGGGAGCAUUUAAUUUUGAUCAAGAGAAAGGUAGGACAGAACUUGCAAAUAUGAUCAUCCUGCACGAAUAUCCUCUUUCAAUGGUUGAGCAUACUGGGUUUAGAAAGUUUUGUAAUACAAUUCAACCAUUAUUUAAAGUUGUUUCUCGUAAUACCAUCAAUGCUGAUAUCUUGAAAAUUUAUGAUUAUGAGAGAACAAAAGUAAUGGGCUUGUUAGAGAGGACCAAUAGUAGAAUAGCAGUCACCACUGAUAUGUGGACAUCCAAUCAAAAGAAGGGAUUUAUGGCUAUCACUGCACAUUACAUAGAUGAUUCUUAG